AUGGUAAGUCUCAAGUCACUGGUAUCUCUCAGUUCGUAUUCCCCCGCUGCAGCGCUACUCAUGUUGGUGGUUGCAGUGGCAGUGCUGCAGAGCCAGACGGUAGAGUCACAAAGCUGCCCGACCGAGCUGGCGAGCCUGAACGUCUGCACACCGUUCGUGGUGCCCGGUGGGGCAGUGACCGCCCCGAGCAUUGACUGCUGCAAUGCCCUCCAAUCUGUGCACCAUGACUUCCUCUACAGCACUCUCCAGAUCGCCUCCCGACUCACUUCUCAAUGCAAUAUCCCACCACUCACCUGUGCUUGA